AUGCAGGCAUCGGAGGACUCGAUGGUGUCAAAUCGACAGGUUGUGAUACCGGAUUUGUCGGAUCGUUCCGGUCCAAGGUGGAACCAGGAGACCUGGAAUGGGAAGUGCGGCGCCGCCAUUGCGAAAACCGGAAGGCCGCUUGAGACUGCGAGGGACAGCGGGUUUGCUCUGCACUGGUUGGUAUCACUUGCGAAUGGGUUCGAACAAUAUCACGUGACGGGUUGGACAGGCGGGUGGCUGUUGCACAAAGCUGCGCUGCUUCGAUCACAGAAUCCGUGA